GCUGCUGCCGCUGCGGUGCCACCGCCGUCUCACUCCGCCGGCAUGAGGGCUCUGCAGGCCCCGCCGCCCCAACAAAUCCCCCGGGGUCCUGUACAACAGCCCCUGGAGGAUCGGAUCUUCACUCCCACCGUCUCGGCUGUGUACAGCACGGUUACGCAGGUGGCAAGACAGCCAGGCCCUCCUGCCCCCUCCCCUUACUCUCCUCAUGAAAUAAACAAGGGGCAUCCAGCCCUUGCUGCCACACCCCCCGGACAUGCCUCUUCCCCUGGUCUCACUCAGCAGCCAGGAGGGAGGAGGGACAGAAGCUUUCCACCCCACCCAAGAGCCAGCAGUCUUUUUGAAGAUCCAAGGGAACUGGUGCAAAGGAUUCUGGGAUGUGGGAUGGCUCCGUACCCCGCGGGACAGAACGCCGCACCCACCACGCUGGUGUACCCCCAGGCCCCUCAGGCGAUGAGCACGCAGCCUCAGACCCGCUCUCCGCCCGGCAGAGCAGUGCCCAUCCCUUGCCUUGGCCCCUGGAAGCGGAGGAAGGUUUUGGAACAGAGUCCGGUUUACAGGUCCUUGGCGGGAAGAGGCUGGAUAAAAUACUACCUUUUUGCAGCUGGGCCGCGACCUGCCCACCACCAGGGAGGAUUCAGACCUAUCCAGUUUUUCCAGAGGCCUCAAAUCCAGCCCCCUCGAGCUACGAUCCAGAACAGCAGCCCCUCUCUCCGCCCAGGCGCACAAACCCCUACGGCUGUCUAUCAGGCCAAUCAGCACAUCAUGAUGGUCAACCACCUCCCGAUACCCUAUCCGAUGCCUCAGGGCCCCCAGUACUGUAUUCCACAGUAUCGGCAUAGCGGUCCUCCUUACGUGGGCCCCCCACAACAGUAUCCUGUUCAGCCCCCAGGGCCUGGCCCCUUUUAUCCAGGACCGGGGCCUGGAGAAUUCCCCAACGCCUAUGGAGCCCCUUUCUAUCCGAGUCAGCCGGUGUAUCCGUCGACGCCCAUCAUAGUGCCUACCCCCCAACAACAGCCGCUCCCACCCACCAAGCGGGAGAAGAAGACGAUCCGCAUCCGGGAUCCGAAUCAAGGGGGCAGAGACAUAACGGAAGAAAUUAUGUCUGGCGGAGGGAGCAGGAACCCCACGCCUCCUGCAGUCCGGCCCACCUCUACCCCUACGCCUCCCCAGCAGCAGCCGCAGCCGCAGCUGCCCAGCCAGGUCCCUGAGCACAACGCUGUGGCCUGCGGGACCGUGGAGAGCUCUCCCCUUCCUGCCAGCAGCCCCAUCGCAACGACGGGCAGCCUCAAGCAAGAAGAGAAGCCUAAAACAGAUCCAGUAUUAAAAUCUCCUUCCCCUGCCCUCAGACCAGAGCCGAGUGGAGAGAGGAAAGAACCAGCGGGCCUGACUGCGGAGACCCCCCUCUGCCCAGAGACCUCCUUGGAGCCUCCUGGUCCCGCUGGAGCCCCCUCCCUUGCAGUUGUGCCCCCCAGCAGGUCGCCACUUGCAUCGGGCUCGCAGGAUGGGUGCGAACUGGCUUCCCCGCCUCAGGAGGCUCCUCCUCCUCUUCCUCCUCCACUUGCCAGGGCUGGGCCCUGCCUGGAAUUGCCCAGCUGCCCCCUGGCGGAGGAGGCCGACCCAGAGAGAUGUCGGGAGCCCUCUAGGAUAGUAGUGCCCAACGACCUGCACCAGACUGCUAGUGCUAAUCUAAGUAACGAACUCAACGGAGUUCCCGAAAGGGUAACGCUCAGCGAGAACAUCCUGGAACCUGGCGAACCGAAGGAAGCCGUGCCGCCAGCUCUGGAACCCGCGAGUGAAGAAGAAGCAGAGGCCGAAUGCGUGCCGCCUGCGGCUUCCGUGGCUCUUCCCGGCUCUCCCUCGCCGCCUCCAAGGCCUCCCCAUUCUCCCCUUGCCCUGCCCGUGGCCCUCGCCCCCCAUCUUUCCCCGUCUCCUCCCCGCUCGCCUUCCCCUCCUCUCCCGCCGGCUGGUGCUCCUGCCGCCCUCCAGGGGGACUUGGACAGAGAGGAGUCCCCCAAGCUGACUCUGAAUGAAGACACUCCCAAUGCGAAAGACGAACUGGAGGUGGACGGCCGGACGGAAGAAGAGGAGUUGGAAGAGGACGACGUCCAGGGCUUGAGUGCCAAGAUCGACCUGGAAGAAGCCCCAACCGCUGCAGCUGCACCAAAGACGUGGAAGAAACCAAAAGAACAGAGCCAGGCAGCCGACGAAGGGCUGGAAGCGGCGGAGGAGCCUGAGGCAGAAGAUUUGCUCGGAGGGGAGAGGAUCCCCGAAGCUGAGCAAGAGGCCAGGAGUCUCAACACGGCCUCUCCAUCCGACCUGAAAGUAGCCAACGUGACAGAAGAAAAUGGCGAGCAGGAGGGAGAGCCUGUCCGCAACGGGGCCGAGGAGGCUCCUGAGAGGGAAGGAGGCUGCACGGAGAGUGCGAGCGAAGCCCCCGCCUGCCAGCAGAAGCCAGAACAGUGGAAGCCUGUGGACACCGAAGGGAAGAAGCAGUACGAUCGGGACUUCCUGCUGGACUUCCAGUUCAUGCCCGCCUGCAUCCAGAAGCCAGAGGGGCUACCGCCAAUCAGCGACGUCGUCCUCGAUAAGAUCAACCAGCCCAAACUGCCUCUUCGGAUGUUGGACUCUCGGAUCUUGGCCCGGGGCCCAGACUUCACCCCAGCCUUCGCUGAUUUUGGAAGACAGGUCCCCAGCGGACGGGGUAGCGCUGCCUGCAAAGUGCAGCCCCCACCCGGACUCCCCUCUGGCACGCGAUGUGGCACCCCAGCAUGCCCUUUGUUGGUCUCGUCUCACCCGCAGCUGAGGAACCUGCAGAUAGGGGUAAGGUCCUUGCCUGGGCGCUGUCGAGCAGAGAUAGCAAGUGCCAACGGCGACUGCAGGAGGGCUUCCAUUGUUCAUACCUCUUGUCUGCUCUCUUCCCUUCUGCAGCUGAAAGUGCCCAUGGCCAACAAGCCUGACAGCACAGUCAACUUCCGCAAGUUGUUGCUGAAUCGAUGUCAAAAAGAAUUUGAAAAGGACAAGGCCGACGAUGACGUCUUCGAGAAGAAGCAGAAGGAGCUGGAGGCCGCCACCACCCCAGAGGAGAGGACUCGGCUUCACGACGAACUGGAGGAGGCCAAGGACAAGGCCCGAAGGCGGUCCAUCGGCAACAUCAAGUUCAUCGGGGAGCUUUUCAAGCUGAAGAUGUUGACAGAAGCCAUCAUGCACGAUUGUGUGGUGAAGCUGCUGAAGAACCACGACGAGGAAUCCCUGGAGUGCCUAUGUCGCCUGCUGACCACCAUCGGCAAAGACCUGGACUUUGAGAAGGCCAAGCCUCGAAUGGACCAGUAUUUCAAUCAAAUGGAGAAAAUUGUGAAGGAAAGAAAAACCUCCUCCCGCAUUCGCUUCAUGCUGCAGGAUGUCAUUGACCUUCGGCAGUGCAACUGGAUAUCCCGAAGGGCAGAUCAAGGCCCAAAGACCAUCGAGCAGAUUCACAAGGAAGCUAAAAUAGAGGAGCAGGAAGAACAGCGGAAAGUCCAACAGCUGAUGACCAAAGACAAGAGGCGGCCGGGUGUCCAGAGGGUGGAAGAGGGAGGCUGGAACACCGUGCAGGGGGCAAAAAAUAGCCGUGUGCUGGACCCCACCAAGUUCCUUAAAAUCACCAAGCCCAGUAUAGAUGAGAAGAUCCAGCUUGUGCCUAAAGCCCAGUUGGGCAGCUGGGGAAAGGGCAGCAGCGGUGGAGCCAAGGCCAGCGAGAUCGAUUGUUUACGACCAAGUGCCACUAGCCUGAACCGCUUCUCCGCGCUGCAAGCGCCUGCGUCGACUGUCUCCGGCACUACCCUGGAGCUGGAUCCUCGCAGAGCCUUGACCAGUCGGGGAAGCACCGGCCGAGAGAAGAACGACAACAAGCUGCCGCCCUCGGCUGCUUCCCGUCCCAACGCCUUCCUGAGGCUGAGUAGCGGCAGCAAAGAGCAGCUCUUGGACAACCAGGCGCAGGAGGAGCAGCGGAGGGAGAUGCUGGAGACCGUGAAGCAGCUGACGGGCGGCCUGGAAAGCGAUCGGAACAGCACGGAGAUGGAGAAGAGCAAAACCAGGGAGGCAGUCAAGUCUGAAGCCCCUGCUCCUCACCCGCAAGAAAAGCCGGGCUUGUCAGACGAAGAAAUUGAAAGGAAGUGCAAAUCGAUCAUCGAUGAAUUCCUGCAUAUUAAUGAUUACAAGGAAGCCGUGCAGUGCGUGGAGGAGCUGAAUGUGCCUGGCAUCCUGCCGGUGUUUGUGCAAGUCGGUGUAGAAUCCACCCUGGAGAGGAGUCAGAUCACCAGAGACCACAUGGGCCAGCUGCUCUAUCAGCUGGUACAGUCGGAGAAGCUCAGCAAGCAGGACUUCUUCAAGGGGUUUUCGGACACCUUGGAGACCGCCGACGACAUGGCUAUCGAUAUCCCCCACAUCUGGUUAUACCUGGCUGAAUUGGUGACGCCAAUGUUAAAAGAAGGAGGCAUCUCUAUGAGAGAACUUGUGAUAGAAUUUAGUAAACCUUUACUUCCUGUGAGAAGAGCUGGUGUUCUGCUUUCCAAAAUAUUGCACCUUCUAUGCAAACAAAUGAGCCAUAAGAAAGUGGCAGCCUUAUGGAGGGAGGCUGGCCUCAGCUGGAAGGACUUCCUACCUGAAGAGGACGACGUCCACGCCUUUCUCCUGGAGCAGAAGUUGGACUUCACAGAAACUGACAGUCCCAGUUCCUCAGAAGCACUUUCCCCGAGAGAACUCUCUGCCGAAGAGCUGAACAGGCAGCUGGAGAAACUCAUUGUUGAGGAAGAAGCCGGUGACGAGCAGAUCUUUGACUGGGUAGAGGCUAAUCUAGACGAAAGCCAGAUGAGUUCACCUACAUUCCUUAGAGCUUUAAUGACGGCCGUUUGCAAAGCAGCUGUUCUAGUGGAUAGCUCUAGCUUGCGAGUGGAUACUACCGUUAUCAAGCGGAGAGUGCCCAUCUUACUCAAGUACCUAGACUCGGACACCGAGAAGGAACUACAAGCACUUUAUGCACUGCAGGCAUCAAUAGUAAAACUUGACCAACCUCCUAAUUUGUUACGGAUGUUUUUUGACUGCCUGUACGACGAGGAGGUGAUAUCAGAGGAUGCCUUCUACAAAUGGGAAAGCAGCAAAGACCCGGCGGAGCAGAACGGGAAAGGCGUAGCGCUCAAAUCCGUCACCGCGUUCUUCACGUGGCUACGAGAAGCCGAAGAAGAGUCUGAGGAUAAUUAAAACUGAAUAUACAAAAAAAAAAAGAAAAGAAAAAAACAAAACAAAAAACAAUUUAAGUAUUUUUUUUAAAAAAAGUUUCAUGUCUUCGCCAAUCACAGUGCAGCAAGGCCAAUAACUCGCGCAGAAUCCCCUAUCCCCACGUGUGCACGAGUGGGGGAGAGGCAAAAAAUAAAUAAAAAAUAAGUCACACACGCAAAGGCGAUCAUGGAGGACAAAAAGUACUUGAAAAUUCAAGUCCAACGCAAACCUGAGGGGCAGGAGCACUAAAACCAAAAUACAUCUAUUAUUUAUAGAAACUAUUUUCUGUUUUAAUCUUUUUUUUCCUUUUCAUUUUUUAAACAAGGACUCAAUACUUUAAGAAGAACAAAACCUGUUCAGACAACAACAAACAAACAAAAAAACAAAACCUCAGAACUAUAAUUUAUUAUUUUCAAGAACUGCAAAUGUCAGUGUAAUUUUUAAAUUUGCAGUUUCUGUAACAAAUUGUAUGAUAGACAAAAAAAGAACAAAAGCAGAGAAAUAAAUUUCCCUCCCUUUCA